UAUUCUCAUUUGGAAGUUGGCGCUUGUUCGGUGCGGAGAGCCCUCCCAUUAGUUUACAUUAGUCUUAUUUUUGACCUACAACAAAUAUAUUUUUACAAAAUUACUAAAAAAAAUGGCAACAUUUUAUUACAAAUAUAUUUCAAAACACUUCAAAAAAAUAUCAGAAAUUUUAAAAUUUGUGUUUAUAUUAUUAUUUUUAGCUUUUAUAAGAGAUCCCAAAAAGCUCUCUCUUUCUCUGGCCCCACAAAAGAUUCUCCCCUGCUUGUUGGAGUUGCGAUGUCACAAUCUCUCAUUUUUCUGAAAAUCUCCCAGAAACACUAUUUCACUAAGGUUAUUUGUAAAAGCUUUCAUUUUAAUUUCAUUCCUCCUCGGACUCGGAGCAGAUUCGGAUUUUUUAUCAUUCUAUAGAUUGUAGUUUUAAAAACCAUUAAUAUUUAAAGUCCAACCAACUUUUUAAAAACAAUUUAACUUAGUAGAUAAGUACCGGUUUAAAAUGCCAUCCACGUGUGUUUUUGAGUUUGAUCGUCGAGAGCCGAUUUAUUAUAGUGGUGAGACUAUCAAUGGAAGAGCUAUUCUCACCACAACAUCCAGAAAAUCUGUCAAUGAAAUAUACAUUCAUUUCGAGGGCGAGGCCAAAGUAAGAUGGUCUGAGCAGAAAACUAGCAGAGCGAACGGAAUGACCGAAAACCGCAAGGACUCCUUUCGGGGCAAAGAAACCUACCUGGAUACCCGAACUAAUGUCUUUGGAUCUGGAGAACUAGCUGCUGGCAGAUAUACCUAUACAUUCUGUAUUCCUUUGCCACUAGGCUGCCCCUCUUCGGUGGUCGGAAAGUACGGAAAGAUAUCGUAUGAAAUCUCAGUUGUUAUAGAUCGCCAGUGGCGGUUCAACAAUAUUUUCAAACAGCCUUUGACGGUGCUCCAGACCUAUAAUCUAAAUAUGAGUCCUCAGCUUUUGAUGCCCUUAGUUCAUGAGGACGUCAAGCACUUUUGCUGUUGGCCCUGCACCUCGGGUCCUGUUUUUUCCACCUUCACAGUACCCUUUGGCGGCUAUGCUCCUGGACAAAAGAUCCAAUACAUCUUGAAGAUCGAUAACCAAUCAUCUGGUAAUGAUUUGAGUGGCAUUGAAGUUUGUUUAAAACAAAGAUACAAGUUCCACGCUCAACAUCCGUAUCACAAAACCCGCGAAACAGAAAACAUUCUACACAGGAGUUCGGUGGAAGAACGGGUAUUGCGACUCUCUAAACGGAUAAUUGAGGGCACCCUGCAUAUUCCAUCAGUGCCGCCAUCCUCCCGAAAUAACGGAAUUAUUACUGUUGACUAUUGUGUCAUUCUAACCAUCAAGAUGGGUGAUUGUGCAGUGAAUACAAAUUUCAAUAUUCCGCUUGUCAUAGGGACCAUUCCCCUGAUCCAAAGUGCGGAAAAUCCUAGAAGAGCUGCGGAAUGGAUACCAGAGACCCCGGACACGCCGUCUGAUGGUGCUGCGGAUUUGCCCCCCAGUUAUGACAAUUGCAUACCACCUCCCUUCGAGGAGGCAACGAGAUUUGGAGAGCAUUUCAUAGACAUCGAUGUGGAUGACCACAACCGGACUGAUGACUUUGUACCCCGAUAUCCGAUGUACACAAAUUUUGCCCAGCCUUCGGCUCCACCACCGCCUGAGGAUAAUGGUGACGUGUCUCUAAUAAACUCAAUUCCUGUUCUUUCGCUGCCGCAUUCUGCAACUGCAGCAUCUAAUCCACGGAAUUCAAAUGAAAAUACAACAACCUAUGGCUGGAAUACUUAGAGGAAAUAUGAGACAGAUUAAACCGAAAUGUGAUGAAUCGAAUAACCUAAGAACAAAUGCAAUAGAAUGGUUUCUUUUUGCACUUCUAUUGAUAUCACUUUAAAAAAUGUUUGUGUAGUACUUCAUCCGCUGUUACUACGUUCAAUAAGUACCCAUUUGCAUUUUUUAUUCUUUUAUUAAGGGAAGACUUAUCUUGUAAUAAUAACCCUAAUUAUUUUAAAGUACUGCAGAAUAUUCCUGCUGAUCUUGUUUUUUUCGAAAAUGGAUUUUGAUCCGCAUCUCUUUAUUUAUUCUCCUAAAUUUUCCAUGACUACUAUCUACUAAGUUUAGGUACAUUGCAAAAUAAACACAUAGUUAGAGUUCUGUA